UAUUAUUUUUGUAAGAAAGCGUGUAAUGAAUGAAUAUGAUAUGGGUAGAUUUAAUUAGAAAAUCAAACAAAAGCAUUUAUAGCUUACAAAACCUAAUAUAUAACACUAUGUAACGUGUUUGGAUAUGUAUAUGUGUCGAACAACACUUCCGGGUUUCCUGUUAAUGUAAUUCAUGUAUCUUUGUGUGUGGUUUUGCUCGAGUUGUGCAACAUAAUGGUAAUAACAUAUGUAUACAAAAUCGGCAUUACCUUUAACUGAAUAUUGAAGUUGAAAUAUGGCACACAGAUUCUCUGGAUAUUCGACCACUUCUGGUGGUUUUAGAUUGGGUAGUGCAGUUCUACUUGUAGGUGCUACAGCUCAUGUUGCAGGAGUUUCGGUAGCAAGAGGGGCUUCCGCUUAUAUUUCCAGAGAUUAAUCAACGUUACUAACAGUAGUUGGGUCAUUCUUUAUGUUGGGCUAUGGCAGCGUUGUGUUUGUGAACCAAACAGUGACAUGGAAAUAUGUACAUGUUUACCCAGAAGUGGUGAUCCAGUAUGGUUCAAAGUCAUACAGGUGAUGGAAACACUCGGAUUGAUAGGACUGAUUUUUUCUUGGAUUAUUUCCUUGGUUCUUGUGUGUUACAGGCAAACAAAGACGAUAACAAUGGCCAACGCAGUCCUCAUUUUCUCUUCAGGUGUUAGCAUCCUGAUUGGAUUGGUAAUAUUUAUGUCAUAUGGCGUUGAGAACAACAAAAAUUCCAAAGAUGUGUUCAGUAUAGCCGCAAGAGCUGACACGAUUAGUACUUCCUUUUUCCUGUGUGCUCUUGCCGCUUCGAUUUGCUUCGGUGUUCUGUCUCUCUUUAUGGUACGUUUAAGAGCCAACCAGCAAAUGAUUCCCGAAUCAAAGGAAAGUCAAGUUAGAAUUCCUUGUACUUGUCGAACACAGAAUAUUUGCAACGCAGGAAGCCAGCCAUCAAUUUGUUAUAAAUCCUCACAUAUGCAUGAGCAGCAUGGAAAUCCACCGGCAUAUGAGCAAUACGAAGCGCCACCGGCAUAUACAUAUGACAAAUACGAAGCGCAGCCAGCAUACACAUUCGAACAACACAACACAUCGCCGGUAUACACAUAUGAACUAAAUGAAGCGCCGACAUAUUCUCCACAAGAUACGGACGGAACACCAUGCAAAAUUUAAAUGAUAAUAAAUCGAAAAUCGCUUGCCACAUUUAUAUGUAAAGCCGGAGAAAACACAAUGGCAACAUAUACAUUAUGAUAUAUUACUUCAUUCUUCUAUAAAUUUAACCAGUUGAAAGCUUUUCUUUCUGUCACGGUACGAUACGACAGAAACCAGUAUUUGAUUUAGAAUGUAUUUACGGUCAUUUUAAUUAUCUAUAACAAUAUCCGAAACAUACAAUCCAAAACGUUAUAUGGACUAGAUUGGACUAGAUUAGAGUCCUAUAUAUUUUGGAUGAGACAUAUAUUCCUUAAUAUAAAGGGUCGUUCGAGAUUACUAACCUUGCAUAAUGCAUUUCGUAUGUUGACACCGUUAAGGUAUUUAAAAAAACUGCGAUAACUUUCUUAUUUCUCAACGAAACAUAGAAGUAUGGGCACUCAGUUUCUUAUUUAGAAUAUUUUCUAUCCGAUGAUCAUGGUUUCGCUUAAAACUUUGAUGACAAUUUUUUUUCUGUUUUUGACGCGGUUAGUAAAGCAUGAAAAUACACUCAUUUAUAUGGUUGCUGAAAAGCAUUUGGAAAUGUUUUCAAUCGUCAUUUAAAAAUGAUUGAAUAUUUCAAUUUUUUGUAAUUUCAUUAUUUAUUUUGGCAUGAAAUAAAGAGGUUAUUUAACAGUGUUGAGUACAAUACUAAAUUCAAUUGGACUCGUACACAGCAGUUAUAACACAUAUGUGGACUCGGCGAAUAUGAGUAAUUACUGCUGUGUACUCGUCAAACAGAUUGUACUCAGAACUGGUAAAUUACCUCAUAAUAUUUCGUAAAGCAUAAUACUAACCAUAAAUAAUUUUUGUCAUGUUAGUCCAUAAACGAUGUAGACAAAACACUAAUCAUGCACAGACAUUUGUAUUGAAUCAAGGACUUUAAAUAAAUGCAUGAACUAUGUAUUGAGACUCUGGUCCGUUCAUCGACAUCAUUGAUUGAACAUUUCUAAAAUGCAACUGAUAUGAUAUUUCCAAUACAUUCUUGGAUUUUCUAUCAAUAGAGUACAACAAACUGUUACAUAGUAUAUUUACAUCCUCCACGAAACGGUUCCAGGGGCGUACCUGGGCAUACGCCUAUACGCCUCUGCGUACAAUUCAAUUUCGGCACCUUGAAAACAACGAAAAUGCUUAAAAUGCUAAAAAUGUAAUAAAAUAACAAGCCUAAGGAGGUUAGAUGGCUAUUUAAAGUUCUUUAUUUGAACAAUAUAAUCUGAAUGGGAUUUUCAAAUUCGUUUUCUAAGUGUUAAACCGAUUGUGCUUUUUUAAUAAUCGGAAUAUAGAAAAACAUAACAAAGUUAGUGUAGAUUUCAUGGAAG